AUGAGAAUCAUUACUUUCUUAAGUCUUUAAUCAAACCUAUAUCAUAAAAGAGUACUAAUUCAGCUAUUACAAGAUCAAUUGAAUCAAAACCUGCAUCAUAUCUAACUUUUACUCGAAUAAAACAUCGAAGUAAAAUGAGACUUUAUUAAAUUACCUGAAUUAUAGCCUAAUUCAUUAAGAAUCAAAACUGAAUUAGAUUAAUCUGUUGUUAAUUAAUUAAAAAAAUCUGUUGUUUUAAUUAGCAGAAAAUCAAGUGGAGUCUUUCUAUACUAAAGAAUUAAAACUUAACCUUCAAUUCAAAUUUAAGAAUCUGAAGUUAAAGAAAUUAAAUUUAACAAGUAUAACAAAUUAAACUUAAUAUUAAUGUUUUUUGUGAAGAAUUAAUAUUAACAUCUAAAUCAUCAGAAUUCAAAUUAUAAAAUCAAAGUUAAUGUAAAAUCAAAAUAUAGAAGUUCAAAAAUAUUAAGAAAAAUUAUAUAAUUAUUUAAAACUCAUACAGAAAGAUCAGAAGAAAAAGAACUUAAAAGUAAAACAAUUAUAGACACUUAAAUGUCUAAAUUCAAUAUUUUCUUAUAAACUUAAACUCAACAUCUUCCAUAAUAAUCACUACUAUUCUAAUAUUAACAAUCAGUUAUAACUAAAAAAAAUACAAAAUUUAAUUCUCAAAUUACUUUAACACACUAAGAUGAAUCUCUUAAACCUAUGAAAAGUCUUAUAGAAGGAAUUAAGGAGAAGUCUUAAGAUAUUGGUAAUUAAUCCUCAAUAUGUGCUACUACUCCUUAAUUUCCCAAAAAUAAUAAAAAGAAAAUUAAAGUAUUUAUUGAAUGA